AUAUAUAAAACACAAUCCGCUCUCAAACCCAUCAAGCCCACCAAUCUCAUCUUCUCUGCUCCUCUCUUCUCUCUCACUUAGCAGAAGAAGAUAGAGAAACCAAACAACAAAAAUGCUCAAACAGUUCCUUCUUCUCCAAUCCUUGUCCUUUAUCCUCUUCAAUGUUGUUAUCGUCGGAGGACGUUUAAUCGGCGGCGGUUUCUCGGCGGAGCAGAAUCCAUUCACACCUAAAGCGUCUCUAGUCCGUUACUGGAACAAAGAGAUCCGUAGCGAAUCUCCCAGAUCGGAUUUUUUAAUCUCCAAAGCCUCGCCACUCAACGCCGUCGACUCAGCCACUUUCUCCAAACUCGCCGCCACCAACUCGCUCCCGACUCGGUUUCCCGAUUUCUGCUCCGCCGCUAACCUCUUCUGUUUCCCCGAUUUAGGAACGAGUCUCGAGAAACACGAAGGAGACGUCAAGUUCUCCACUUACGACCAGAAGAACUUCACCAACUACGGCAGCGGUCGUCCCGGAGGAGGCGACUCGUUCAAGAACUACUCCAAAGACGGCAAUGUCGAGACCGACUCGUUCCGGAGAUACAGCCGUAACGGAGCCGGACACGACGAUAAAUUCAGCGUCUACGGCGACAGCAGUAACGUCGUCGAGGAAGGAUUCAACUCGUACGGAACAUCCGGAACCGGCGGCGCCGGUGAGUUCACCAACUACCAAAACAACGUGAACAACCCGACGAGCAGAUUCACGGCGUACUCCGACGGAGCAAACGGUCGAACUCAAUCGUUCAAAACCUACACGCAAAACGCCAACGCCGGCCCAGGCCAGUCCUUCACGAGCUACGGCAAAAACGGAAACGGGAUCCCUAACGAGUUCGCCUCCUACGGCGUCUCCUCCAACGUAAUCGGCUCCGGGUUCUCAAACUACGGCGAGAACGGAAACGCCGCCAACGACACCUUCACAAGCUACGGAACCGACGGGAACGUGCCCCAGAACAACUUCAAAAACUACGGCGCUGCCGGUAACUCAGCCGAUGACACAUUCUCGAAUUACAGAGACAAGGCCAACGUCGGAGACGAUUCCUUCUCCUCCUACGCCAAAGACUCGAGCAACGAGAAGGUCAAAUUCGUAAAUUACGGUCAAUCUUUCAAUCCCGGUUCGGAAAAAUUCACCGGUUAUGGCAAAGGAUCUGAAGGCAGCAGGAUCAGUUUCAAGACCUACACACCGAACUCAACCUUCAAGGAAUACGCCAAAAACGGCGUCGCUUUCUCUAAAUACAACGUCUCGACAGCGAACACCGUCGGCGAUGGCAAAACCGUGAAUAAGUGGAUUGAACCGGGCAAAUUCUUUAGGGAGUCGUCGCUCAAAGAAGGCACAGUGAUUCCCAUGCCUGACAUCAAAGAUAAAAUGCCUAAAAGGUCGUUUUUACCCCGGAGUAUAAUUACUAAACUACCCUUCUCCGUUUCGAAGCUCGGCGAGAUCAAGAGGAUCUUCCACGCCGGGGAGAACUCGACGAUGGGAGGCUUAAUCACCGACGCGGUGACGGAGUGCGAGAGACCUCCGAGCGUCGGGGAGACGAAGCGCUGCGUCGGAUCCGCGGAGGACAUGAUCGAUUUCGCGACCUCGGUGCUGGGGCGGAGCGUGGUGCUAAGGACGACGGACAACGUGGCGGGGUCGAAGCAGAAGGUGGUGAUAGGAAAAGUCAACGGGAUAAACGGCGGGAAGGUGACGAAAGCGGUGUCGUGUCACCAGAGCUUGUACCCGUACCUGUUGUAUUACUGCCACUCCGUGCCUAAGGUUCGGGUGUACGAAGCUGAUAUCUUGGAGAUUGAUAGCAAGAAGAAGAUUAACCACGGGAUUGCCAUCUGUCACAUGGACACGUCAUCAUGGGGUGCGACUCAUGGAGCUUUCUUAGCUCUCGGGUCUAAACCGGGUCGGAUCGAAGUGUGUCACUGGAUUUUUGAGAACGACAUGAACUGGGCUAUCGCUGAUUAAACCGGACCGGUUCGGUGUGUGUUCGAUCAAUUUGGGUCGUGGAUUUUAUCUAUUAUGAUGAUGAUGAUUAUGAAGUUUUUACAUAGAAGGAAUGUUAAUUUUCUACCUUAUAAUUAUUAUGAUUAUAAUAUUUUGAAGUUUUUUCAGUAACAAUGUAAAGGCUUUGUUACUGAUUUGUGGGCGGUACGAAUAAUUUUAUAUAAACAUUUUUAGUGAAUG